AUGAUAUCAUCCGAACUCAGCGACACCAAUACCAUAUCCUCAUACCGUAUGGUAUGUAAGCUGAAGACCUCUGUACGUCUGGAGCAGAGUGAAAAGAACCAAACGAAAAGAACAAAGAGGGGAAAAACAGACGUCACCCCAAUUUUACCUAACCUUCCCCUAACCCGUCUUAUUCCUCAGAGUCGACUUUAUUGGUUGAACAUUCUCCUACUCAUUUGCCCACUUCUCAUUCUUCCUUUCUCCUACUUUUCAUUACAUUCUUGGCCCGAGCCUUUUUCUUCUUUCCCAUCGGUCCUUCCGCCCCUCCCUACUCCCCCCCGGUUUUACGCCCAAAACGGUCCCCCCCCCCCCCCCUUCAUCCUCCCAUCCUACAACUACUUCGUGAUGUCACAAAGUCGGCCCGGGCUGUUUCCGAGUUUGCGCAUGGGUGAGGUCAUCCGCGAGAAGGUCCAGGAUGGACUGACCGGCGAGGCCAAGGAGAUCUCCUACACCCAGUGUAAGAUUGUCGGCAAUGGCUCCUUCGGUGUGGUGUUUCAAACCAAGAUGUCUCCCAGCGGGGAAGAUGCUGCCAUCAAGAGAGUCCUCCAGGACAAGCGGUUCAAGAACCGUGAGUUGCAGAUCAUGCGGAUUGUGCGACACCCGAAUAUCGUCGAGCUGAAGGCCUUCUACUACUCCAACGGCGACAGAAAAGACGAAGUUUACCUCAAUCUGGUGCUCGAGUAUGUCCCAGAGACAGUGUACCGUGCGUCUCGCUACUUUAACAAGCUUAAGACGACGAUGCCCAUGUUGGAGGUUAAACUGUACAUCUACCAACUGUUCCGGUCGCUGGCCUACAUUCACUCCCAGGGAAUCUGUCAUCGUGAUAUUAAGCCCCAAAAUCUGCUGCUGGAUCCCUCUACCGGCAUCCUGAAACUCUGCGAUUUCGGCUCUGCCAAGAUUCUCAUCGAAAACGAGCCCAAUGUUUCAUACAUCUGCUCUCGCUACUACCGGGCCCCAGAGCUGAUUUUCGGCGCCACCAACUACACAACCAAAAUUGAUGUUUGGUCGACUGGUUGCGUGAUGGCUGAAUUAAUGCUCGGACAACCCCUCUUCCCAGGCGAGUCGGGCAUUGACCAACUGGUGGAAAUCAUCAAGGUUUUGGGCACCCCGACUCGGGAACAGAUCCGCACGAUGAACCCCAAUUAUAUGGAGCACAAGUUCCCUCAAAUCAAGCCUCAUCCCUUCAACAAGGUUUUCCGUAAGGCACCCCCGGAGGCUAUCGACCUUAUCUCUGCCCUCCUGGAAUACACUCCGACACAACGGUUGUCUGCCGUGGAGGCCAUGUGUCACCCCUUCUUCGAUGAGCUUCGUGAUCCCAACACCCGACUACCGGAUUCCCGUCACCACAACAACCCCUCCAAGGAUCUCCCCGCUCUGUUCGACUUCUCCCGACAUGAACUCUCCAUUGCCCCCGAAAAGAACGCGCAUUUGAUUCCCCCACACGCUCGUCCCGCCCUCGAAGCUCGCGGUCUCGGCCUCGAUACCUUCAAACCCCUUACCAAGGAGGAGAUGAUCGCACACCUCGACUGA